AUAGGUGGCAGCACAGUGUGACUCGUUUGUUUUAGAUUGUUUUUUUCAUGGGUUGUAUCAUAAGCAAGUUAGAGGUCUGUUUAUUUUAUAGUUUACAUAAUAUUUCAUGAACAUCUUUACUUAAUAUAAUUUCCGCCAAAACUAAAGGAAAUUGGGUUAGAUUAAACGUUACUAAUGAAAGCGGUGUAAUGUAAUGUAAGUGCGACGCCAUUUUGCGCGGCGAUUCGUAACAAACUAUUUAGGAAAAGUACCCUGUAAAAGAUCGUGCGUCUCGUUCAUUUAUUUACUGCUUUCACGGGAGGAAAUGAAUAAGCUGUAAAAUUCACUGACUUUCUCUUUGAGGUAUGCAAUAUGUGUAUGACUGAGAAUUUUUAUACAAAUGAUUUGUAAACAUGGAGGCCAAGUGUUAUGCUAAAUUAAAGUGACUUUAUUUCUCGUCUGCGUGAUGCUGUAGAUGUCGAUUCGGUUCCGUAUUGUUUGUACUAUAACAAGCAACAAGACGUAUUGCUAUUGAAAUGAAGACGUCGUUGUACUUGGGAAUAUCUUGACCAACCCUAAACAAUGGGCACAGAGUUGCCAAAAACUCAAGAUUCCAGUGGCGAUACAGAUUCUAAUAAUGACACUGAGCAAAGCAGCUCUACCAAUUCAUCUGGAAGUGAUUGGGAGUGCUCAGACACAAGACAGGGCUCUGCUCAUAAACCACAUUUUUCGGUUACAUCAUGUGAUACUGGACUGAAACUCAAAAUUGCUGCCAUACCUAGAAAAGUUGCUCAGAAAAAGAAUUCUAAGCCAUUAGAUAAAAAGAAGACUGCAGAUAGCACACCUAAGACAUCUAAGGCUGCUAAAGAGAAACCAGUGAUAAAGAAAAAACAAAAGUCUCAGUUCACUUCAAGUUCUAGUUCAUGUAGUAAAUGCUCAUCAGAUUCGUCCAGUGAUGAUGACAUACCAUUAAAAGCCGUCUCAAAGGCAUUACAACCAAAAGGAUCACCAUUGAAAACAACAUCAAAAAGCUCAAAGAGCACAGACUGUAAGAGUGAUAGUGAUGAAGAUAAAAAAGUUGAUAGUAGCAUAACAAAAGUCAAUAAGGAUAAGAAUAUCACAAAGCCUAAUAAUUCCAUUGUGAAAAAGACUAAAAGUGAUGAAGUAGGUAAUGAUGCAACUGUGAAGAGAGGAAGGGGAAGGCCGAGAACAAAGUUCGCAUCACCGGCUGUGGAGAACAAUGCCUGUGGAAGUAGUUCUUCAUCGUCCACAUCUUCUUCGUCGUCUUCUUCAUCAUCCUCUUCUUCGUCUUCCUCGGAUUCGGACACCACGGAAGCUGCGGGCGGCUCCACUCACGCAUCUGCCGAUGACUCUAGUGCAGCCCUUGCUGCUGCCGCUUGCCAGCUGCAGGUCAUCGACGAUGCAGACCUUGCGGAACUAUUUCCAGAACAGACAUCGAGCGCGCCGGCGCAGCAGCCCAAUUUCUCGACCUUUUCUGUGCAUAAUACGUCACCAGACAACGACGAUAAGUCCAUUGUGGAUAACGGAGACGGAUCAAGUAGUGAAAUGGAACUUACACCUCAACUGGUCACAGCAGCGAUUCAAAGAGCUACGGCAGACUCAUCUGGUUCAGAAAAUGAGUGUUCUAACUCGGAUGUUGUUAAUCAGAAUACUACACAUUAUGCGUCUAGUUUAUUACAACAGUUCGUAGCACAAACACAACUGUUAAGUAGUACCGCUCCAGUUACACCUAUUAGCGCAACAUCUGCUUCUACGUUAUCAUGUGGUCUUAAUACAAACCCAAUAGAUGGCGUUGGGUCUAUAAGUGAUUGUGUACUAGGUCAAAUAAAUACUUUGCCUGAAAUACCGCCAAAUUUUUUAACCAGCACUCAACAUCUAAGCCCUCAACAAACUGAAGAACUUACUCAAAUUAAUAAAGAUUUGGAAGAAAUAACAUCAGUGGCUGAUUCUAUUGAUAUACAGAUACCUAAUCCGAGUCUUGACGAUUGUGUAGAUAAUAAUGAUUUUAUGAAUCUUGAUAUAUCCCAAGGUGGUUCUGAAAUAGGGAGUGCUAGUGAUUUAUUAAAAAACUCCCCUAUGACAUUAGUGAGUACUGAUAUUAAUUCUAUGAACCAGAUAGAUGUUCAAAAACUUGAUACCAUCAGUACAAACUCUAUAGAAUCUCAAGAAGAUGUAAAAAAUGUUAUAGUGGAGUCAAGACGGAAGAGAGGCAGACCACGAAAAGUAAGAAAGGUUGAAGAGGAGUACGAAAACAAAGGCAGUGAAUCUCAAAAAGAAGACAAGUCAGCCGUUAAUGUUAUGAAUUUUCAUAAUAAUAAUGAUCCACCGAAUGUAUCGCCAGAUUCUGGGAUUCUUUCGAAUCACAAUUCUCCAACACAUUCGCCUUUGAGGCGACACGAUGUGGAUGAUGCUCAUAACAGAUUAAGUAGAAAAUCUGUACAAAAAGAAAAUUCAAGAGAAAGGAGAACGAUGAGAUCUAAGUCUAAAAAUAGGAGUACAAUAUCAAACAGAUCAGAUUCAAGUGAUUGUGAUUUUCAGAAAAAGAGAAUAGAAAAUGAAAUUAAACAAAUAAAAACAGAAGCACCAUCACCAGUGCCACUUCCAUUAAAGCAAGAACAAAAUAAAUUUGAUAAAACAAAAAAAAGUGAUCAAAAAUUAGAUAUAGCUGCACUAGAUAGGAUGUUAUAUGCAACGGAUAGAGUAUUAUAUCCUCCAAGAAAGAAAGUGGGUCGAAGACCGCAAAGCAAAGCGAAAUCUAAUAAAAGUGCUCCAAAAACAUUGAAGGAUAAAAACCAAUACGAUUCGGCUGAUACAGACGAUGACACAAUAACAACUAAUAGAGCAGUUUUAUCCGGAGUAUACGCAAAAAGAAAGGAACUAAAUAGUAAAUUAGCAAAUUUGCCAAAGAAAAGUAAUAAAUCAUUUGCCAAUACAUGGAGAGACACUCAUAGUGAAAAUGAAGCUGUGGCUGAUGAUCCCUUAGAUCCAACGUGGAAGCAAAUUGAUUUAAAUCCAAAAUAUAAAGAUUUACUAUCAGGUUAUAAAAGUGAUCAUGAAUUUAAACCAUAUAAAAGUUGUAGUAGACUAAUAGAAUCUGGUUAUAAAAGUGAUUAUGGCUGCAGAUCGGGAUACAAAAGUGAUUACUACCGUUCCGGAUAUAAGAGUGACAAUAAAUCAGGUUACAAAAGUGAUAAAUCCGGUUAUAAAACUGAUUACAGCAUGAGAAGCGCCCGACGAAAGACACGUAAAUUAAAAAAGACGAGAUCAGUUCGAGACCGAUCUUAUUACAAAAACCAAAAACAUUUUGUUUCUGAUCAAGAAAUCUUACUAUUAACUAAUAAAACUUUUAGCAGUUUAACGCUAGGCCACAGUUCCAGUGAUUCUGAAUGUGAUAGUUACUUAAGAAAACCAAGUGCAAGUCCAAAAUACGUAAGUGUGUGUACUAAAUAUCCAUUACAUACACAAUAUGAUUUCGGAUUUUCAAAAAUGAGCAAAAAACAACUGUUACGACCCAAUUCUUCCGAUCCUUUCGCCCCAGGUCCUGUAUUUAGCGGAUUCCAACAACCAGUAACAACUUAUAAUAUUUUUAAAGUUAGUCACAAUAAUAACAAUACUUUACUAAAAUCUCCUUCAAAAGUACAUACUGGUCGAUCACUUCCAUCAUUAAAACCCAUUUUUACACAUAAAUUUGGUUCGUCGCCUAUAUGUACAGUGACAAAGCCACCAAGUUCAAAGAAAGAAACGGAUUCCAGUUUAAAAUAUCUAACAGGGACACUGUCGCCUAAGAACAAGAAACCAUCAAAACAUGGAAGUUCAGCUACAGGAAAGAAAGACACUCAAAUGAAACCUCCACCAAACAUUUUUGAAAAAGCUAAAAAUAGUUACGUCCCAAACAAAUCAUUAGCUAGAAAUGUGUUUCUGAAUUUUAAGAAACCACACAUAAAACCAUCAUUCCAUAUUCGAAAACAUAGGCGAACAGUAGUGCUUGCCCCGCCUAAAAUAAAUCUAAAACCUAUAGAAAGACCAUCUAGAAUAACUGUCAAAACAGAAAACAAACAUCAUAGACAUCGUAGCAAAAGGAGACAUCGUUCGAGAUCAGUGUCGAAAUGUAGAGAAUCAUGUUCCAAAGUUAUCGACUUAGUUGACCACAAAUUUAGCCAGGACUUAGAUGGUUUAGUUAACAAUUUUAUAAAACUUUGUCAAAUUGCUCCCAAGCUAAUGAGCAGCCCGUCACAAAUCCAGCUAAAAGCUGCGGAAAAACCAGUAACAGAUGUUCCAGCUCCUAAAGUUAUGAAAAGAGGAUCAAAAAAACGGAAAACGUCAGACAAUCAAGAAAUUACUACGCCAACUUCUAAGCGUAGACAUAAAAAACAGUUAACAGAAUCUCAAAGCAAAGGAGGUAAAGAUACAAAUGAACACAAAUUACCACUUAAAAAAAGGCAUUAUCAUAUAAAUUCUGCUACAUCAUUAAGCCUUAGUAAAGUUACCGCAGAUUUUGAUGAAAAUUCUAAAAAUGGCACAAGCCCUGAAAAAUUUCUGUGUACUGAAACUGAUUGUAUGGGUGAAAUGGCAAACAAUGUUUCUGAUGAAACACCUAAAUUAAAAAUACUUCACGAAAAAAGCAAGAAAAGCGGAGAAGGUGCUAAAACUACAAUCAACCCCAUUACACAAGAGGUGAAAAUCCAAAACAGUGACCCUUGUGCUAAAUCUACAAAAUACAAUUCAUUAGAAUUAGCAGACAAAAACAAUGCUUCGAAUCAGCUUGGGACAAAUAAGAGUCACUUGCUCGAUGUGACAGAUGAUGAUUUAUCCAUAAAGAAACCAAGUGCAGAACAAUCAGAACUAUCAAAAAAGAUAUAUGAAACAUCUGAAAAAUUAAAAGCUGUUCAUAAAAUGGUUCAUGAUUUGGAAAAGUCAUUACCAAAGACGAAAGAGAUAGAUAUAAAAACAGAAACAUGUAAACAGGAAACGCCAAGAAUGUCUCCCAGAUCUGAGACAAAAUCAUCGCCUAUGCGUAAUUCUGCUCCAAUAGUUACACCAAAAAAGCGCCACAGGCUAGAAGCUGAUAAGGUUGUUACACAUUCAAGUUUAGAUCAAGUCGUACAAUCGCUCUCUAAAAAGUUAUCAGAAGACAAAGAAAGAUCUAAUGUGACAAAUACUUCUAAAGAUAAUCAAAGCAAUGCUAAAGAAGAAGUAAAAGAAUCUGAAAAGUCAGAAUGUUGUUUAACAAAUGAUAGUGAACAAAGUGCGAACGACAGUAAUUCAUCUGUUAUUGAUCCUCUUAAAAGUAUGUCUGCUAGAUCUCUAUAUAAAAGUUCUAUGCCACCAGCUCAAAAAUCGGAAAUAAUGACCAGAAAGAAAAAUAGACUUGAAGGCCUUACUAGUAAUUUGGUAUCAAAAAUAAAUCCAAGUGCAGCCACAAAAGUUUUAGAUACUCUUUUAAACAACAAUAUUAGAAAGUCAAUCGAAUCUCGUAUACUAGAGAAAGAACGGAAUUCAAGCCCUGAUAUAUCAAAUAAGGUACUUGAAGAUAAAUUAAAAAUAAAGGAAACACCUCAAAUCAACACAAGAGCAACUGUAAUAAAAUCUCCAGUUUCUAAAGGAAAGGUUUUAGAUACAAAAAAAUCGAAAGUUGCAGAACCCGUUUUAGAUCAGACAAUUAUAGUAAGUGUUGAUAAGCCCACGGGAAUAUUUGAACCCUCCAUAGAUUUAGAGGAUCAAAUCCCUAAAUCAUCUAUUUGUGUGAAUAGUGGUUUAUCUGAAAGUAAUAAAACAAAAUCGAAAUUAAGAAAUUCUGAAAGUAAGACCGCUAACGCCUUGCUAACGCCAAUUGACACUGAGUCUGAGAUACCAUUAGCUUUGAUAUCAGAAACACCAGAUCCUAUUAUUAGGCCAAAGAGAGGUGAAUCGAUAGCUGCUGUUUUGUCAGACAAAAUACAAGAAACGAGUGGUGGUCAUAAUUUAAGACAAACAAAAAGAAAUUGUAGUAAUGAAAAUGAUGACACUGGUGAUAAAAAGAAGAAAAAAAUGUCUAAUAGUAUUAUUCGAGAAAGUAAGCUAGUUUUGCCAUCAAAAUUAUUAGUUCCAAAGAUUCAAGCAGAAAGAUUACCACUUAUAGACCCAUCAAAGAGAAUCACACUACCCAUAAAAAAAUCUGAUAAUAAUGAUUCUAGUGACGGAAAAGUAGUUGAUACGAUAAAGAAAAAGACUCGACGCAGGAAAGCGAUUAACAGAACUGGCUUUCCGAGUAUCAAAAAGAAAAAGAAGAAAAUUGAGACAAAUAAUCAAACGGUAGUUUCUGAUAGCCAUUUUACAUCGGAAGAAACUGACAAUAACUCAGUUUUUGAAAGAGUACCGAAAGACGGUGAAGCUACGAGUAGUUUCGUAGAACGAACCACUACAAAAAAUCCUGAGCUUAAGGUUGUAUUGAAUAAAGAAGAGUGUCCGAAACAAGGCCGUUUGACCGUCGUCGCUCUUGAAAAAUUACAAGGAAAAGAAAUAUCCACAAAUGCUAGUAAUAAACUCAACAGCAAGUUGGAAAAUGCAAAUGAGAAGAAAAGUUCCAAUUCUUCAAUUCUUAGAGCGCCUGCUUUACAAUUAAAGCAAAACAAAGGUGACAAAGAAAUUAAAAAUCAUAUUAACAAGUGGGAAGUAUCCAGUGAAACAGAUAGUAUCCCAUCUUUAGCUAGUUCGAUUAGCAACGAUCCAGAAGAUAGCAUACCUUUGAGUCUUUUGAAUUUAAAAUCACACCGGCCUGCAAGUAGAUUAGAUAAUUUGGAGCGCCUAAAACGAAAAACAAGGGCAGUGUCUCCAUCUCAGGAAAUAGAAGAGAUAUUCUCUAAAAGAAAAGUUAUUGAGAAAAAUAAUAAAAUCGCACUAAGACCUAAGUCUAGCUUAGCUGUUUUAUGUCCCAGUGAAAGAAGACUAACCCGAAGUUCAGAUAACAACAAUGAAGACCUCAAAAGUAAAAAUAAGAAAAUAGACAAGAAAACUGUUACUGAACUUGACAAUGACAAAUUAAAACCAGCCAAUAUAACCAAUAGAAGGAAGUCUCGGUCCCGUCAGGUCAAUAAGAAAAUGCGCGAAGUUCAGUCAAGUUCUCGUGAAAGUUCUCUCGAUACUGUUGUCAGUAAAAAGCUCAAUGUUAAGUCGAGAGAACCAUCUUUAGACACAUUGCGUGAUCAUGAUGAAAACGAUCCAUUGCCGCUCAAUGAAAAGGAAAUAGAUUUUGAAAAAAGCAUAGAUAUACUGUCCAAAAAUAUUAUCUGUAAGAAGCGUGUGGCUUCAUCACGCGAUGAUAGCCCAGCAAGUAGUGUCGACAAUAGAGAAAAACCUGUAGUAUCUAAAAGAAAUCCUAGACUACGUAAAAAGUUUUUAGUAGCUGGUUUAUUCUCAGAUUAUUACAAAGAAGAUCCUAAACCGGAUGGCAAAGGAAAAAACCUUGUCACUCAGACUGAAUUCCCACCGGGGCUAUUGGCGCCUCCGCCAUAUUGUGAACGUUGGGUUCGUAGAAGACAGCAACAUUUUUCAUUACCAUACGAUAUUUGGUGGCAGCAACAUUAUAAUCAGCCAGUGCCUUCAUGGAAUUACAAAAAGAUACGCACAAAUGUCUACUAUGACGUUAAACCAUCGACAGAUGAAUGCGAAAGUGUUGCGUGCAACUGUGCUCCUUCCUCAGGUUGCAAUGAAGACUGUAUCAACCGAUUAGUUUUCUCAGAAUGUUCUCCUCAACUUUGUCCAUGCAGUGACAGGUGUAAGAACCAACGUAUUCAACGUCAUGAAUGGGCAUCGGGCUUGGAAAAGUUUAUGACUGAAAAUAAAGGGUGGGGGGUACGCACGAAACAUAAAAUAACAUCUGGCGACUUUAUUUUGGAAUAUGUCGGAGAGGUGGUUUCAGAUAAAGAAUUUAAGGAGCGUAUGGCAACACGUUACGCGCGCGACACCCACCACUACUGCUUACACUUAGACGGCGGAUUGGUGAUCGACGGUCACAGGAUGGGCGGCGAUGGGCGCUUCGUCAAUCACUCCUGCCGCCCCAACUGCGAGAUGCAAAAGUGGACCUCUAAUGGAACAUUCCGAAUGGCUUUAUUCGCUCUGCGAGACAUACAACCUGGCGAGGAAUUGACAUAUGACUACAAUUUCUCGCUAUUCAAUCCUGCUGUUGGACAGCCAUGUAAAUGUGAUUCGGAAGACUGUCGAGGUGUCAUAGGAGGAAAGUCACAGAGGAUCACUAAACUUCCCGUUAAAACGCAAACUAGAACGCCUUCGAAUACUUCUAACCAAUCGCAGACAUCCAAUCAGCCUCGCGUAGGGCGUCCUAGAAAAGCGGUCAAAUGUAAUAAGAAGUCUGAGCAGCAGACCGUCACUGCUUGUGAUGUUAAGAACAUGACCAUCCUAAAAUAUCAACAGCAUUUAAACAAGCUGUGGCAGGAGCCUCAAAUGAAACCGCUCACGGCGAAAGAGCGAAAUCUGGUGAAGGAAAGGCACUGCUUUUUGUUCAGAAAUCUUGAAAACGUGCGUCGUAUCAGAGAUCGUCUAUCCAUUGGAUUGCCACCAUCUCCUCCGAUAGCAACACCAGUACAAUCAGCACCUGUUCCACCAACUCCUACGCCCACCCCCAUCCCUACCCCGACUCCUACCGUCUCUCCCAACGUCAAUAUAAACGUCAACCCUCUCGCUUUACCCGACACUAUGAACCCGGCCGUCUUCCUUUCACGCCUGCGAGCACUGCGAGCCUCGAAGGAAGACACCGUAAAGAACUUGAUAAAAUUAAGUGACGAUCCAUCGCUGGAUAAGACAGCACGCCUCAAGAAAGUUUUCCGAGCGCUCUACAAUGCCGUUACAACAAUAAAAGACGACAAAGACAAAUUCCUCUGUACACCGUUUUUGAAGUCCUCUGAAGUAGUGAAGUCUCAAGAUUCUGCCCAACCAGUCAGUGAUCUAUCGACUAUAGAGGAGAACAUAUCGAACGGUCCAUACGAGUCUGUAGCGCAGUUCGACUCUGAUAUGAAUUCAGUUUUCAAUACCGCCAUGAGAGAACAUGGAAGGCAAUCUGCUUUAGGAGGUGCAGCUGUGACGCUUAAAAAGGCUUAUAAUUCUGCAAAAUCUGACUGCGCCGAACAUCUGACCAAAAUACUUGGACCUGAAGAGCCUCUACCGGCUGGCUUCUUGCAGAAGACUAAAUCUGAGGAGGUGAUAAUGUGCAUCUGCGGUCUCCACGUGGAAGAAGGGCUGAUGGUGCAAUGUGGCGGCUCGGGCUGCGGCGUGUGGCAGCAUGCGCGCUGCAUGCAGGUGGCGGACACGCGCGCGCCGCACUACUGCCACCACUGCCGCCCGCACCAGGUGGACCGUGAAAUACCAUUAGACGAUUACACGGAAGAAGGACACCAGUUUUACCUAUCGCUGAUGCGAGGCGACUUGCAAGUGCGACAAGGCGACACCGUGUACGUGUUGCGCGACAUUCCCAUCGACGAUAAACACCCAGACGUUAGCCAGAAAAAUGGCGACAAGACUGACUCGCCUAAGACCAAGCGCGUUGAGAGGAAGAAGCUAAAGAACAUUGGGAAAGGCAAAGCUGAGGACGUUUCUCAGAGUAAAGAUGGAGAAGUUCGCAAGCACACUUACCAAACUAUCGGUGAGAUAGCAGUAUCGGAGCUGGAUAUAUUCCGCGUGGAACGUCUCUGGAAGCAUAAAGACACGAAAGAACGUUACGUUUACGGACACCACUACUUGAGGCCGCACGAAACCUUCCACGAGCCCACUAGGAAAUUCUUCCACAAUGAGGUGAUGCGUGUACCGUUGUAUGAAGCUGUGCCUAUAGAACUUGUUAUGUCUCAAUGUUGGGUUAUGGAUCUCAACACAUAUUGUAAAGGUCGUCCUGUAGGCGCAUCAGAACAGCACGUUUACAUCUGCGAGUUGCGUGUAGACCGCACCGCGCGACUGUUCACCAAAGUAUCGCGGCCGAAGUAUCCCAUCUGCACCAAGCCCUACGCCUUCGACACCUUCCCGCAGCGGCUGAAGGCCACGCGGACUUAUGCGCCACACGAAGUGUCGCCUGAAUACUUGAAACCUAGAGGGAAGAGUGCAGCACCCACCGACAAGAACAAAAAUGCAGCUAAUAAAGAUGCGAAAAAGAAGACUACGACUUUAGCUGUUGCUGAUAAUUCUAAGGGCGCUGGUUGGUCAUCUUGGGAACGUGACCGCGCACGUCAGAAGGAACGCGUGAACGGCAUCGCGCGCUCUCUACUAGCACGACUGGGAACGCGCGCGCCGCUCGACGCCUCCUACCUGCUGCAGCCGCGGCGCCGCGCCUCCUGACCGCACGCCUGCCCCGCCUGUCCCGCGUCCGCACCAUAGAGGUAUAAGAAUAGUGUAGGGGAGCAAAGAUCCCCCCCUAGAGUUGAAAUGUAGCUAGCCGCCAAAUUGACUUCCUUACCUAUUAUAUUGCCCCGUUGGCCCUCCCUUAGUCAUAAGCUGGCGACGCCCUUGAGGGUAGAUAUAGGCUCUACUACAAGUGGAAGUGUCCAUCUAAUAGAAAGAGAAAGAAGAUGAGAGACCACUAGCUUUCUAUCUCUAAUCGCGCAUGCGCAUUGGCAACCGUAAGCUUCUUACUAUUACCAUGUGAUGCCAUUGGUUGCCAUGCACCAUAAGAGAGAGAUAUAGCCUAGCUAUCUUAUCUUUUUUCUCUUUCUACUAGACGAACAAUUUUAGAGCCGCAUUCCCCACUCUAUUCUUAUACCUCUAUGGUCCACACACUGAUGGAUUACUGGCCCGCCUGGGGACGGAAUGUGUGCGUUGAUCGCGACUUAUAAACGUCGCAAUUAGAAACAAAUUAGUGCUUGCAACACCUUCCUUAAAACUAAGCUGCGUCAACAUUGUGGUAGAACUACAUUUAUCAGUCGUAUUGUGUUGUGACGCAUCAGAGAGCUAUCUGUUUCAUACAUUUAGUAUGGUUAGAGUGAGAACACUGCUGCAGUUUAUUACCGUACUAAAUGUUUGAAACGGAUCGCGUCACGACACAAUACGUAAGACAAAUAUAAUUCAGCUUUUACGUGCGUCGAGAAACAUUGUCUCGCGCAGACGGGGUUGCUUCGCGCGGCAGCUCAAUCUUUGCUCGGGAUGAACCGAUCGAUGUCGGUUUUUGAGACCACAUCAGAUGAGCAUAUAUCAGAGGUAUUUAAUAAUAGUUGGUAAAGUCCACAAAAUUUUAAAAGUGACAUUUCAAUUACAACACAUUCGUUUCCGUAUCUAUAUAUAUCCUGUAGAAUAACUUAAUACAAAUUCUAGAAAUCUCGACUGUUAUUUCAAAUUAAAAAUUGACUUUACAAAGUCCAAAACUUACUAACAAAACUGGGAAAGUCUAUCCUAUACUUAAGGUUUUACACAAAAGUAUUGAACUGACGAGAUGAAUACUUAUAUUUCCAUAAUGUAUUACAUUCUGCAUAUAAAUAAUUUUUAACAUUAGAAUAGUUACCUGUAAUUAUUAAAAUAAUCGUUUUUAUCGUUUACUGAACAUUUUGGCAAUGUGGCCUUUACCAACUUUGAUUGUAUAACCCCCGCGCGCGCAAUGGAGACGAUUGCUUAAUAGUAUGAUACAAAUUGGCUCGCGUGGUGGUUCAGCUAUUCGCCGCGGUCUAUCCGAGAUGGAAUUCCAUGCCGCGUUGUUUACUUAAAUUUUCAUCCAUGUUUUGGCUCGUGCAGAAAAUGGACAUCUGUCAAACAUAGACUUUACAAGGCGUUUUCUGUUGAUUUAAGUACUAAUAAGUCGGUAUUCUUAAAAGCUUCUUUCGAACUGCACGCAUCAGAUAUAAUUUUCCUUGUUACGCCUCAAAAACUCUCGCAUCCAAUUUAAAACUUUCAUUACUGUUUACUUAGUCUACAACUCUAAUAGGAACACAAUUCAAAAGUAACGAACUUGUCCUAUGCCCUCCUUGAACCAAUGCAUGGAUAUUCGGACUAAUCUCUUCAUGAGAGUGUCUGGCGUUACCGAGUUAGAUUGUUGCAUAUGUUACAAAACGAGGCUUUUCUUGGGUGCAACAAUCGUACGCUAUAACAAAAUAAAUCUGGAUAGCUAAUUACUAAAUCAUGGUCAUAGUAAUUAUUGACGAAUCGUAAUUUUAAUUCAGGCGUCGCUAAUCCUUUUUGAAUGUUAAAACACGAACAAACAUUGUAUAGAGCGUAUAUUUUCAGUCGGACGAUAAAAUCACAUUUAUAGAUAAAUGCACGAGGAAAUAGUGCGCUCGACUGAGCACUGAUUACUGUUUUGAACUAUUAUAAAGCAAUAUGAAAAUUUUAUAGGUACUAUAGACAUACUCUAUAAGUAUGGAUUUGAUGCGUUUGGAGGACGUGUCGUAAACAAAACGAAAAGUUUUCGUUAUUGAACGUUAUCAGCCCACCUUUUAUAACGCCGGAUCGUUUGAUUGUGGUUGGGCUGUUACGUUUAUUACUAAUAAUAAUUUAUUAUAUGUAUUACUGGUAAACGGAGUAUUUAAUUGUCGAGAUAAACUGUAAACACUCGAUAAAAUCUUGUUGUAUAGUAAAAUGUACAAAGGAACAUUAACAUUAUUUUUAUUAGGUAUUGAUUAUAUUGAAUAUAUGGUAUAAUAUUAGCUGGACUAGAUGUAUUAAUUAUUUCUUUCCUUUGUAUAGUUUCUCGAAUUAAAGAAUUAAAGGAGUAUUUUUGUCAUUUCUCUCGUUAAUGCGAAUAUUCAAAGUAGAUAAGGCUGAACUUGAUAUUAUUCAAGAGAUUCUAUUUGGCAAAAUUAUGAAAAAUUAAAAUAUAACAUGAAUGGAUCGACAUUUAGUUUUUGAGAUUGUUUUCUUGAAUCCUUGUUCAAAAAUAUUACAUAUAUGAUUUUACGGUAAUUAAAAGUAAUCAUGAAUCUCUGUUGACAUUGUAUAUACUAAUGGGAAAUUAAAACAUAAGUAUGUUAAGUUCUAAGUACCAACAUAAGGUAUUUUUGUAAAUUUAGCAAGUAGGACAGUUAUUUUUUUUUUUUGAUUAGAAUAUGUUUUUUUAACUUAUUUCCUAGUUUUAAGAAAGGCAUGUAUUUGUAAGUUCUGUGUAAUUGAAAUUAAUCGCAUUAGGUAUGCACGUAAUCUCUUUAACAUAUACAUAUACUAUAAGGAUCAAAUGUAUGCAUUGUAAAUUGAAAAUGACGUAAUCAUAACAAAUUUUCAACAUAUACAAUGUAACAUAUAGGUAUAUUUUUACAUAAGUCGAUUAAGAUGAAAUAAAUGUUUAAUGUAAUAAAUAAUUAGUAGCAUAAAGGAGUUAUGGUUAACGAUCACUGGUGCGUAUUGAACUGUUGAAUGUUGAAGAGGUUUAAUAGAGGUUAGGAAGAGACCAGUUGUUUGGAAGGUUGUUGAUGUAAUGUUUAGUGUUUACUUAUUGGUUACUUUCCGAUUUACAAGUAUUCAUCUUCCACUAGAAUAUUUGUUGGUGAAUAGAUACUUUCUGGUCAUUCGCACACGUACAAUAGGACAAGAUAUGGUGUACUAGAGUCUCUCUAAUUUAAUUUUUACAUUUUUAUUUUAUAUAAGUUGUACAUAUUAAUUAGGGUGGUCGGUUAUUUUAUUUGAAAAUAAAAUCGUAAUAUAUUUGCUUUCUAGACGCGUUGUCUCUGGAGUUUCUCUGCUUUGUUUAAUAGUUAAGAAUGUAUGCCAUGCGGUUUCUCUCGCUAGCCUUGGAUCAUUAUUGUGAUUACAGAGAACAAAGUUGUUUUUGUUUCUAAUUUAUUUGUAAAUUACUGUUAAUCUUUACUCUUUCCUUUAUAUACUUUUGAUGUAUUCGUAUAAGUAACCUUUACAUUUCGCGAUUAGUUUGUAUUGAGGUUAUGAAAUGUGAAGCCAGAUUAUCAUCCAGAAGAAAUUAACUUGAAUAUAUUGAUCCCAAAAUUUAUUCUUUAUGAAAUCGGACUAUUCUUGCCUGUUGACAUUUGUAUACCAGAUUUUAACUAUAUACUGUCAAGUCUCACUCAAAUAUUGUUUUCCAAGUAAAAUAGCUAGAAUCUUUUAUCAAUAGAUAAGUAAAUAGAACACAAUACAUUUUUCACUAUGUGUGAAGUAAUAAUGUUAUUAACAGUUAAGUUAUAUAUGUAAAGAAAGUAAAAUAUAUCACAGUUUAAUGCAGACAAUCUGCUUACAAGUGCACAUGCGCAUGAAUAGUUAAACCACUUUGCCCUGUAGAAAGUUAACAGCUAAAUUUAAUCUGUACCAUAUUAUUCUAUCUACCGUAACAAUAUUAAGAAAUAGAUGAGUCGAUAAAUUCCAUUCUGUACUUAAUUAGUUAAAUUAACAAUUUCAAUAGUCAAUAGCGUUAAUAGCUUUAGAAAUACACAUUUUAUUUAUUAUGCAAUUUUUUGUGUGAUUUAAAAGAAAACUGCAGAUAUUGGUGUUCUUUCGGUUAUUAAACUAUUUUGUUGGGAUCAAAAUUAUAUACAUAUACUUAAUUUACAUCAUUUGGAAAACAAAAAUUGUUGUCUGUAAUAUCUUUCAGACGUUCCGGUUUCGCUAUAUUAUAUUAUAUUAUUGACAUACAAGCGAUUUUUAUAUAUCUGUCAUUAUGCAAAAAACUUUUCAUAAUUAUCGAACCCGGAGAUUUUGUCUGAUUUUACAGAACUUAAUUGGAGUCUUGUUACAACUAAUCAUUUUUGUAAUGCGCAGCUUUAUUAUUUAUAUGUAUCUUUUCACUAAGAUGCCAUUUGUUGUAAUUGUAACUCACGUUUUAAUAUUAAAUACUUUUUUGGAUCAUAAUAAUUGCUUUUUAUUGUAUAAUAUUUAUCGUCCAAGCGGGGAUUUGUGGAUAAGGUG